AGAUCGGUCCUGCUCGGAUAAGCAGGAAAGGGGAUGGGCGUACAAACCAUGCUGGCUCGAGAGACUCUCGCCCCAAGGAAGCGCCUCUUUAUUGUGAUGAUGAGUUUCUUUCUAUCUAGCUGUUCGACUGCCUAGCCAAUGCUGCGGAGACACAGAAAUACUCUGAACAAUUUUUUCUUGAGAAUUUUCCUCUCCCAAGAAGAUAGCGCGCUGAUGUUGGGGGCCGUCACAUGCCGUAUUGAUGCUCAAGUCGUGAUGCAAUUGGCCACAUACUUUUUUUUAUUUUAUUAAUAGGUUUCACAGGCUCAAUCGCUUGGCGGGCAACUAUGUGUGGUGUAAUCGGCCUGAUCUUGGGCCACGUUAGCGACGACCCCAACGCCCCAUACAAAGCUGCCGUUGCACUCCAUGAGGCGCUGUACUUUCUUCAGCACAGAGGGCAAGAUGCUUGUGGUAUAGCAACUUGUGCCGCUGGGGGGCGCAUUUAUCAAUGCAAGGGCACCGGGAUGGCUGCCAAUGUGUUUUCCGAAGGCAUGAGGGUCAAGGACCUGCCUGGGUCGAUGGGUAUCGGACAUCUCCGCUACCCAACCGCGGGUACCUCAUCCAAUGCAGAAUCACAGCCAUUCUACGUUAAUAGCCCCUACGGCAUAUGUUUCGCACACAACGGGAACCUCAUCAAUGCACCAGACCUACGACGAUAUCUCGACACCGUUGCACACAGGCAUAUAAAUACGGACAGUGAUAGUGAGCUCAUGCUUAACGUAUUCGCGAAUGAACUGAACGAGACCGGAAAAGUUCGAGUUAAUACAGAUGAUAUAUUCCAGGCGUUAGCUCGAAUGUAUGAGCGAUGUUCAGGCGGCUGGGCCUGUACCGCAAUGAUUGCAGGAUUCGGCGUUCUAGGAUUCCGCGAUUCAUACGGCAUUAGGCCCUUGGUACUUGGAGAGCGGGACUCCGAUACUCUCCCCGGAGCGAAGGACUAUAUGCUUGCAUCCGAAUCGAUCGCCCUACGACAGCUGGGAUUCAGCAAUAUUCGUGAUAUUCUGCCCGGCCAGGCAGUCUUCGUUCAAAAAGGUCGAGCACCCGUCUUUCACCAGGUGCAAGAGCGGAAGGCCUACUCCCCCGACAUAUUCGAAUAUGUUUACUUUGCGAGGCCAGAUACCGUCAUGGAUGGGAUCAGCGUCUACGCUUCUCGGCAGCGCAUGGGUUAUAAGCUAGCCGAUAAGAUACGUGAGACUCUCGGAGACGAGGCCAUCAAAGAGAUUGACGCUGUUAUUCCGAUACCUGAGACAUCCAACACAUCCGCCGCUAGUGUCUCCGAGAGGCUGGGCAAGCCGUAUUGCCAAGCAUUCGUCAAGAACCGAUAUGUUUUCAGGACAUUCAUAAUGCCACAGCAGGGCGCCCGGCAGAAAGGCGUCAGACGAAAGCUCAGUGCCAUCCAGACAGAGUUUCAGGGCCGAUGCGUAUUGCUAGUCGACGAUUCCAUCGUGCGAGGAACGACUAGCAAAGAGAUCGUGGCUAUGGCGCGUGAGGCCGGUGCUCGAAAGGUCAUAUUCGCGAGCUGCGCCCCGCCUGUCACAGCACCACACAUCUACGGAAUUGACUUGGCUAGCCCCUCGGAGCUUAUUGCUUCCGGUAGAGACCGCCUGGCCAUCGGCAAGAGUAUCGAUGCGGAGGUUAUAUAUCAAGACCUUGACGACCUCAAGGCGGCGUGCGCAGAGCUCGCACCACCGAACGGCCCUACCGAAUUUGAAGUUGGGGUGUUUUGCGGCAAGUACGUCACGCCAGUGCCGAACGGAUACUUGGAGCAUCUAAACGAGGCGCGCGGCACAAAGAGGAAACACGACGCGCCAGGGCCGGUGGCCAGCAGCGGUGCGACGAUGGUCGUAACUGGUUCACAGAUUAACGUUAACGGUUCGGCACGCACUACGGCAUCGGGGGGUGGGAGGGACUCUCCGGAGAAUACUAGGCACGAGGCACUGUCACCUCUAGUUCGAGAUGACAUCAGCCUCCACAACAUGGCCACCGAACGUGAGAGACGAUGAAGGUCUCCUCUUGAUAGAAAACCCAUAUAGAUGUGCCCGGAGCCGGAUGCUAGAGUAUAAACCACCUAUGCCGUGAUGACGCACGUACAUACACCAUCCCAUUGGCUUUGGCGGGCCUAGGCACUUUUCCAUAACACCCCUACCGGGCUACCCCUUUUAUGAGCAAUCGGCACACUCCCGGAUUAUGUAGGCAGCAAUGCGACUGGACUUACGAACCAGCUGGGCAAAACCCGACGACAAAAUAGGGGGAGCCGGCAGAGCGUGGACUUCCUCAAUAUCAGAAUACCGGGAGGCAGUGCCGGUGCACCUGUCACGCAUAUAGAGCACUCAGGCGCUAGACCGCGCCUUCCCACCGGAAGCACAACAAGAGAAAACGAAAAUUAAUAUUUAAAAUUUCGACCGACUUUUCUUAGCUUAAUAAAAUCUCUGCGAAUUUCUCCAUCCUUCUCCCCUCCUCUUUUCUCCUCCCACCCCUUCUUCCUCUCCACCAACUUUUGGUCAUCUGCCCCCCCCCCUAUCUUAAUAGGCCGCGGGAUUCCAAUCUCACCUUCGAAGCCCGUCGUCGCCAAAUGAUGGCCUGCGCCUCACAUCUCCUCUCAGGCGUUACUCUAUCGGCCUAAUCACCAACAGGGCAGGCAUCUGCCUCCCACUCAAGUCAAACAACAACUUUCCCGUGGUUAAAA